AAUUACUCUUUUGUUCACAAAAACAGAAAUUGCUGGAAAAGCUGAACAGGUCUGACAGCACCUGUGGGGAGAAACAAGCGUUAACGUUUCGAAUGUAGUGACGGUUCUUUUGAACGCUUAUUCAUUUCUGUUUCUGUUUCUGAUAUUCAGCAUUCACAGUUAUUCCUGGACUCUGGAGUUCACACAGUAUUCGUCCACCCGUUGUGAAGCACCCCUCCCCUCCCCUCCCCAAAAGUUGACCACAUUACCUAAUAAGGCUGACGGUAGCUAAUGCAUCAAAACCAGUGAAAAUGUGGUCCAGGGUGCCAGAUAUCACAACAAUGUGAUUCUUUUUCGUGUCGCAAUUGGACUGCAGCAAAUCACAAGGUUAGUGGAUCGAGAGUAACUCCAAGAAACCGGGAAACUGGGAGAGCCGUGCACUGGGAGCAGCAGCGGCGUCCAUCUGCUCUCUCUGUAUAUACAUUGAUCCAAAGUGCUGCUUUGGAGUAACAAAAGUCUUGAUCUUUCUCCCUGCUACAAUUUUGGAGAAUCACCAGUUACUUCAGGGUAAAUAUCAGCAUUCAAAGCAGAAGAGGGCAGGCAUAUUGUUUAUGAUUUAGAUUGGAUAAUUAACCAUGGGCGAUGUUAAGAUUGCUCAAAAUGCCACUCGUAUUUCCAAAACAACGUUAACUUUGGAAAGACCCCAGGCUGACACCUACCCUCCUGAAGUACCAGCGUUCACACUGCCUCCAAGAAAUCUGCGGAUUCCCAUUGGUGGAACAGCCAAGUUUGAAGGAAAGGUGAGGGGACGUCCAGAACCUCAUGUUACAUGGUACAAGAAUGGACAGCUUGUCCCAAAGAAUGAUCGGUACAUUACUGAGCAAAAUACACGUGGAACCUUCAGCCUAGUCAUAAAACAAGUGCAAAAAGAUGAUGCUGGAAAAUACACAUGUGAAACUGCCAAUGUUGCUGGAGUUCGCCAAGUCACUGUGGAGUUAACGGUACAAGAGGAUACUGAAAAGAAAUAUGGAUGGCCUUCCAACACCAAUGCUUCCAGUCGAUAUUCUACUCCAUCAGUGGAAAACAGGCCGAGUAUUUGGGGUGAAAGCCCACCAAAAUUUAUCACUAAACCAACACGGCUGAUUGUCAAAGAAGGACAGAGCGGUAAAUUCUCCUGCAAGAUAACAGGCAGACCUCAUCCUCAAGUAAUCUGGCUGAAGGGUGAGGCAGAGUUGCAGCAAAGUGAUCAUUUCAACAUGUUUGAGAAGUCUGGGAUUCACUUCUUGGAAAUCCGAGCUGCACGGGCAGAGGAUGCUGGAAACUAUGUGUGUUUAGUAAUGAAUAAUUCUGGAAAAGCAAUGGCAUCUGUGGAGCUCAUACUUCAAAAUAUAUGUUCAACAUCUGAAAUUUCUUCGGUGCAACAAAGAAGCAAUGCUGCUAAAACUGUUGAACCUCUGGAAACUAAACAGACAACUGCAAAUGGCAUUCAAAUGGAAAAACAAGAGGCUAGUGCAGUCACUGUUCAAUCCAAGGAGAAUCUGAAAGCGGUGAAAUGCAUUCUAGCAGCCCCUGAGAAACAGAAGCCUGAGAAUGAAGAACGACUGGAAAAAAGAACUGAAGAAAACAAGUCUCAUCCAGAACUGAAGUCAGAAGUAAAAAAUGUGACACUCCAACAAAAACUUUUAAAUGCUGCAACACAUCAAGAAUCAAAAGUAGAAAUAAAGAAAACUCCAAUACAACAGAAAUCCCAAAUCACCACAACAGCCCCUACCCAACAGAAAUCCCAAAUCACCACAACAGCCCCUACCCAACAGAAAUCCCAAAUCACCACAACAGCCCCUACCCAACAGAAAUCCCAAAUCACCUCAACAGCCUCUACCCUACAGAAAUCCCAAAUCACCACAACAGCCCCAUCUCUACAGAAAUCCCAAAUCACCACAACACCCUCUACCCUACAGAAAUCCCAAAUCACCACAACAGCCUCUACCCUACAGAAAUCCCAAAUCACCACAACAGCCCCUACUCUACAGAAAUCCCAAAUUACCACAACAGCCUCUACCCUACAGAAAUCCCAAAUCACCACAACAGCCCCUACUCUACAGAAAUCCCAAAUCACCACAACACCCUCUACCCAACAGAAAUCCCAAAUCACCACAACAGCCCCUACCCUACAGAAAUCCCAAAUCACCACAACACCCCCUACCCAACAGAAAUCCCAAAUCACCAUAACAGCCCCUACCCUACAGAAAUCCCAAAUCACCACAACACCCUCUACCCAACAGAAAUCCCAAAUCACCACAACAGCCCCCAUCCUACAGAAAUCCCAAAUCACCACAACAGUCCCCACCCAACAGAAAUCCCAAAUUACCACAACAUCCUCCAUCCUACAGAAAUCCCAAAUCACCACAGCAGCCCCCACCCUACAGAAAUCACAAAUCACCACAACAGCCCCCACCCUACAGAAAUCCCAAAUUACCACAACAUCCUCCAUCCUACAGAAAUCCCCAAACACCAAAACUGACCCCACCCUACAGAAAUCCCAAACUACUCCUCCAGCUCCCACCGUACUGAAAACCCAAACUGCUACAUCCUCCAUCCAAGAGAAAGCUCAAAUCUUUACAAGAACUUCCACCCAACAGAAUACCCAAAAAAUUCCAACAGGCCCUACCGAACAGAAAGCACCAAGUUUGAUAACAAACCAGAAAUCUAAGCGUACUCUCAUACUCCAAUCACACAAGGUGGAGGAACCAGCAAUUAUUGAAAGAAAAGAGGAGCCGGCAGGGCAGAUGGAAGAAUGUCCGACGGUUAUCCCACAGUUGAAUGUUGAAGGUUGCAGAACUAUGCAGCAUUCACAAACAGGAGCUGGGAAACUGCAAGCAGAAAGCAGAAAGAUUGCAGAACAAAAAUCAAUAACCAGAGGAUCACCUCCUGAUUUUCUUAUUUAUCCUCAAAGUCAGACAGUGCUGGUGGGCAAAGAGGUUAUAUUCAGAUGUAAAAUUACAGGAAAUCCAAAACCAGAAGUGAAGUGGACAAAAAAUGGAGUUUUACUGAAUCAAACAGGUGGUCUUGAAAUGUAUGAAAAGGAUGGGAUUCAAUUUCUUUGCAUUAGCAGCGUAAAUAUGGCAGACAGUGGCUCAUACAGCUGCACAGUCACAAACCGCAGAGGCCAGCUUUCCAGGAAUUGGACAUUAAGUGUUACAGGCUCCAAGGAAGAGGAGGUACCACCAUUUUUCACUAACGUAUUGAAGGAAUGCAGAGUGAGCGAGGGUGAGGAUUUUGUUCUGCAGUGCUCAGUGGACGGCAAACCUCAGCCUCGGAUUACCUGGCUUGUGAAUGAUACACCCAUUCAGUAUGCUCACAGCUCAUUUGAAAAUGAUAUUGCAAAACUCUAUAUACAAGAUGCUUUGCCAGAAGAUGAUGCUAUUUAUACCUGUGUAGCAGAAAACAAAUUUGGAAGGACAUCUUGCUGUGCUAAAGUGACAGUUAAAGAAAAGAAGACUGCCAAGAAGACUGAGAAUACGAGUGUUGAAGAAUCCAAAAGGACAUUUGCCCCGAUCAUCCUGAAGGAGUUGACUGACCUGCAGGUUAUGGAUGGUAGCCAAGUAAGAAUGACAGUGGAAGUGGCAGGUAAUCCACCUCCAGAAAUUAUCUGGCUCCAUAAUGGGAAAGAAAUUCAGGAAUCAGAAGACUUUCAGUUUGAGAAGAAUGGAAACGAAUUCAGUCUUUUUAUUCAGGAGGUUUUUCCUGAAGAUACAGGAAAGUAUACAUGUGAAGCUUGGAAUGACUAUGGGGAAGCGCAGUCACAGGCAAUACUCACUGUGCAAGAGCCCCAGGAUGGGAUACAACCCUGGUUCAUCAGCAAGCCGAAGGCUGUGACUUCGACUUUAGGGGGACAUGCCCUCAUUUCAUGUGCCAUCGCUGGAGAUCCAUUCCCAACUGUGCAGUGGUUGAAAGAUGGGAAGGAGGUUAUCAUUGAUGAAGGCUGCAAAGUCCUCCAAAAUGAGGAUGUGUUUACACUGUUCAUCAAGAAUGUCCAGCUUCAUCAUGCUGGGCAAUAUGAAAUAAGGCUGAAAAACCAAGUUGGCAAGUGUAGCUGCCACGUGUCUCUACUGGUCAAAGAAUGCUCCCUUUCCAGAGAAGAAGCCAAGGAAGAUAAGGAGCAAUUGAAUGCCAGCAUCGUUGAAGCGAAGGAGUCCAGUGGUGAUGGCAUAGAGAGUUUUGUGAGACCAAACAGUGCCAAAAAGAGCAUAGCUGAAACAAAAGGAAACACAGAGGAGGAGAAAACAUUCCGGGGGGUGCUUAGGAGAAAAGUUGAAACCAAAGAACAGUCAGCAGAGCAACUCAAACAGCAAGAGGCUGAGCAAAAAGACUUCCGUUGCGUGCUGGGGAAAAAAGUGAUCACCAAAAGCUUUUCUGAGGAAGAAUUGAAGGAACAAUCAGCAGAACAAAUGAACUUCCGAGACUCACUUUCCAGACAUGUUAAAACAACUAAUGCAUUUGAAGAAGAGAAAAAGAUUUCUAGUCCCCAGCAGGUGGAUUUUCGGGCAGUACUCGGUAAGAAGAACUGUCCUAAAAUAUCACAAGACAUGAUCACACUAAAGCAAAUGCAGCCUGACAUCAGGAGUGCUCUAAGCGCAGAGAAACAAGAUUCAACUGGCAAAGAUGCUAAUAAUGACGCUGGAAGCCUUCAACCUGUAAAAGUGGACUUAAAUGAUAAUGGCGAUUGUAAAAAUGGAUGUUCAUGUAUCGAUGGUGGAGUAAUUGAUCAGAAAUCCGAAAGCACAGGAAAUGCACCUGUUUUUAAGGAAACAUUAAAAGAUACUCAGGUAGUAGAUGGUGAACGUUUAUUGUUGCAGUGUCGAGUUACUGCUGAACCAGCUCCAAUCGUCACCUGGACUAUAAAUGGAAAGGCCAUCAAGUCAUCCAAGUUCAUUAAUAUAUCACAAGAAGGAUCACUUUGUACCCUUGCAAUUGAGGAGGUCCUGCCUGAAGAUGAAGGCCUUUACAAGUGCAUAGCUGAGAAUUCUGCAGGGAAAAUGGAAUGUUCUUGCUCAGUCACUGUGGCUGAUGCAGCUGCCCUGAAGACUCCCCAAACUGCUGAGAAAACAUCAAAGAAGGCGAUGUCCACCCUUAGUCCCACUUCAGACGGUGUUCAGGCCACCAUAAAAAAGAAACCAACUCCAAAAACUCCUCCCAAACCAGCUAUUCCACCACAGAUACUUCAAUGUCCAGGAAGCAUGAAAGUCCGUGCAGGAGAAUCUGUGGAACUGCUUUGCAAGCUCACCGGAACACAACCACUCAGCUAUACAUGGCUAAAGUUUAGAAAACAGAUUAAGGAAAGUGAUCACAUAAAAAUAGAGAAUACAGACAUCAGCAGUAAGCUAAUCAUCUCUUCAGCUAAGCAUGAAGACUGUGGCUGUUACAAUUUACUUGUAGAAAAUAAGUUCGGAAGCAAACAAGUUCAAGUUAACCUCACAGUUGUCGACAGACCUGAACCACCAGCUGGAAAACCAUGCUCUUCUGAUAUUCGUAAUUCUACCCUGACCCUGUCGUGGUAUGGUCCCACAUACGAUGGUGGGAGUAUUGUUCAAUCCUACAAUGUGGAAACUUGGAAUUCCGUGGAGACACAAUGGACAAAUCUAACUACCUGUCGCAGCACAUCCUGCACAGUGUGUGAUCUAAAUCCUGACAAAGAAUACAAAUUCCGUGUUCGAGCUGUAAAUGUUUAUGGAACUAGCGAACCAAGUCAAGAAUCUGAUUUGGUCAGAUUGGGGGUCAAAGAAGAUCGCAAAGAUGAAGCUGAUCUGUCUGACGAUGAUGAAAAAGAAGGUGAACCAGAUUAUCGUGAUGUUAACAUCAACACAAGUGAGAAGGUUGCAGAAUAUUAUGAUAUAUUGGAAAAAAUAGGAACGGGAAAAUUUGGACAAGUUUUUAAACUUGUUGAAAAGAAAACUAGAAAAGUUUGGGCAGGAAAGUUUUUCAAGGCCUUUUCCGCGAAAGAUAAAGAAAAUGUAAGGCAAGAAAUCAGUAUUAUGAAUUGUCUGCACCACCCAAAGCUUGUUCAAUGUGUUGAUGCCUUUGAAUCCAAGUCAGACAUAGUUAUGGUCCUGGAAAUAGUUUCAGGUGGGGAGUUAUUUGAGAGAAUAAUCGAUGAGGACUUUGAGUUGACUGAGAGAGAAUGCAUCAAAUAUAUGCUACAAAUUAAUGAAGGUGUGCAGUUCAUCCACAAACAGGGGAUUGUACAUCUGGACUUAAAGCCAGAAAACAUCAUGUGUGUCAACAAAACAGGAGCAAGGAUAAAACUUAUUGAUUUUGGACUUGCAAGAAGAUUAGAAAGUGCAACAUCAUUAAAGGUUCUAUUUGGUACACCUGAAUUUGUGGCUCCUGAAGUUAUCAACUAUGAACCAAUUGGGUAUGCAACAGAUAUGUGGAGCAUAGGAGUCAUCUGCUAUAUCUUGGUCAGUGGACUGUCUCCAUUCAUGGGUGAUAAUGACAAUGAAACUCUUGCCAAUGUAACAUCUGCUACCUGGGACUUUGAUGAUGAUGCUUUUGAUGAAAUUUCUGAUGAUGCCAAAGACUUCAUCAAUCACCUUCUGAAAAAAGACAUGAAACAUCGUAUGAACUGUGAUCAGUGCCUUGAGCAUAAGUGGCUGAAAAAAGAUGUUAACAACAUGGCAGUGAAAAAACUUUCAAAGGAAAGAAUGAAGAAGUACAUGGCCAGGAGGAAAUGGCAGAAAACAGGACAUGCAGUCAGAGCAAUAGGACGGCUGUCUUCUAUGGCAAUGUUAGCUGGUCUGAGUGGGAGGAAGACUUCACUGGGAAAUGCGCCCACCAGUCCUCCAGAUUCUGCUGAAAAGCCAGAAGCCGAAGCUGAUGAAGCCAAGAUGCUUCUUGAGGCAGUUUCCGAAGAACGGCAAAGUUUUAAGCCUUAUUUCUCCAAGACUUUUGAAGACACUGAAGUUGUUGAAGGGAGUGCUGCUCGCUUUGACUGCAAGAUUGAGGGCUACCCAGAUCCUGAAGUUAUGUGGUUCAAGGGUGAACAGCCCAUCAAGGAGUCUCGCCACUAUCAAAUUGAAUAUGAUGAAGACGGAAACUGUUCAUUGAUUAUUUCUGAUGUAUCUGCACAUGAUGAUGGCAAAUAUACUUGCAAGGCCAUCAACAGCCUAGGAGAGGCAACCUGGACAUCCGAGCUCAUUGUGGAAACAAUGGAAGAAGGCGGGAUGAGUAACACUGAAUCAAAUUAAAAGUGUUACUUGUUAGGAGGUGCAUUUGUCUGUUGUUAGAUUCUAUACUGCUAGAACUCAUGUGAAAUGAGUUGACUACUCAAAGUUCUUUGUUAAUUUCCAAGGAAUGGAAGGUGUUUAUGGAUAUAUGUAUUCUAUACCUAUGAAAUCACCGUAGAAUAUUGCAGUUGUGUGCAGAAAUUUAAGAUUAGAAUCCACACACUUACCUAACGAUGAUAUAUUUCCAUGUGAACACCACAGCAUAUGUACUAUAUUUUAAUGGUUCAACUUCACCCACAUUUACCAAUUUAGAGCAAUAAUCACUUCCUUUCUCAGAGGAUUUUCAAAUUCCUUGGACUCAGUGCUUCUAAGAGAAAGUGAGGACUGCAGAUGCUGGAGAUCAGUGCUGAAAGUGAGUU